GGGAGGGAACUUUUACAAAAUAAGAUGACAAUACAUGAAAGAUAUUUUAGGUUGGGGAAAAAGAAAUCCAUUAUUUUGUCACUAGAUGGCUGUAGUGAUACAUAUCUCAUAAAAUAUUGAUGACACAAGUUCAGACUUGUGCUUAUUGGAAAAGUGACAUUCUGUACUAAAAAAAAUUCUUUUACAGUUUUUUGAUUGGUCAAUUCAGUUGUGAGUUAUAGGGUGUAAAAGAUGGAAGUUAACAAAGAGAAAAUUAGGUAUGUUUUACAAUUUUGCUUCAAUAAAGGCGAAAAUGCAAGCCAGGCAGCUGAAAUUGUGAAUGGUGUUUAUGGUCCUGAUACUGUCACAGCCAAUUAUGUGCAAUUUUGGUUUCGUCAGUUCCGUUCUGGUAAUUUCGAUGUUAAAGAUGCACCUCGCACAGGUAGGCCCGUUGUCGAAAAUGUCAAUAAAAUCAUGGAAAUGAUAGAAGUAGACUGGCACGUUAGCACUCGUAGCAUUGCCCAGGAGCUAAAGAUUGACCAUAAAACAGUUCUAAACCAUCUGAAUAAAGCUGGAUUCAAAAAGAAGCUUGAUGUUUGGGUGCCACAUGAAUUGACGGAAGAAAACAUUAUGGAUCGAAUUUCCAUCUGCGAAGCCUUGGCCAAACGGAAAGAAACAAAACUAAAAAGGAUAUCUGAAAAUGGAAAUAACAACAAUGAAUCAUGCUCAAUUAUUUAUGAAGACAUUAAUAAAGAAGAGAACAAUCCUGGAAAUAAAACUCCAGUGGAUUUAGUUUCAUUUAGUAAUUUCAGGAGCCUAACUUGUUUGUUUACACCUGAGUCUUCACAUUCUUUGCAGUCACCUUUGCCUUAUUUCAAUUGGGCAAAUUCUCAGGAUGUUUGGGAUGUACUAGUGAAAAAAGAUAUAACUUAUACUAGAAAUCAUAACAUGUUGAGUCAGCAUCCAGCACUAAAUUCAAGAAUGCGAGCAAUCUUACUUGAUUGGCUAAUUGAGGUGUGUGAUUCAUAUCGGUUACAUAGAGAAACAUUAUACUUAUCUCAGGAUUUUGUUGACCGCUACCUCAGUGUACAGGAAGAUAUACCUAAAGAACAACUCCAACUAGUUGGGGUUACUGCCCUAUUUAUUGCUUCUAAAAUUGAGGAAAUUUAUCCUCCAAAAAUAAGUGAUUUUGCAGACAUUACAGAUGGAUCUUGUAGAGAAGAUGAAAUUUUAGAUAAAGAAAUGGUUAUUCUUAAAGCAUUAAACUGGGACCUUAUGCCAAUUACAGUGAACAAUUGGCUAAAUAUAUAUUUGCAAUUGGCUACAAUUAAAGAAGGAAACAAUGAUAAAGAAAAUUUUCUGCUACCUGAUUUUUCAAGUCAUCAAUUUUUGAAGCUCUCACAAUUGAUUGAUCUCUGUAUGCUGGAUAUUGAUUGUUUACAGUUUUCCUAUAGAACAUUAGCAGCAUCUGCAGUAUAUUUAAUGAUGUCAGAGAGAAUUGCAACUGCUGUUUCAGGUCUUAGGAAGUCUGAUAUAGCUGCAUGCAUAGAUUGGAUGUUACCAUUUGCUCUUACUGUUCAGGAAUGUGGAGAAAGUUAUAUUAAUUUACCAAAUGUAGAUCUGCAAGAACAUAAAUAUAAUAUUCAACAUCACAAUGUUAAUUUGGAAUUACUGGAUAAAGCAAAACUUCGACAAAGUGAAAUUCUAACACAGAAGAAGCCUGCAGAAAUAAGUGCAAAUGAACUCACCCCACCAAGUAGUGAUAAAAAAAAGGGACGAUCAAAUGCAUACUAGUAAAAUCAUUAUCCACUUGAAUUUUACUAGUUUUUAAAUGUGAUCUAAUGAUUUUCUAGUACAAUAAUAGUUGCUGAACAAAACUGUAUUAUUUGCAGUUGAAGAUAAAUAUGCAACUGAACAAACAAUGACUUCUAGUCAUUACACUGCCAUUAAGUACACAACGAAUAAAAUGAAUUUACCCACCCAUUUUAAAUCAUUAAUAAAUAAGCCAAGGUUGUGGGAAUUAAAAAAUAAUCUAAUUUGGGAAAUUUUUUACAAUUUUUUAAUCAUAAAAUUUUGUCCUUAUGGUUGUUUAUAUAUAAAAUUGUUGUAACUUGUAUACAGUUGAGCAUUGUACAUUUUAAAUUUUUUAUGAAAUUUGUACAGUUUUAAAACUGAUGCAUAAAAUAUCUAUAAAAUAAUAUCUUGUAUCAUCAUUUUACCAUUUCAUGUAUUAUAUAAAUCACUGCCAUGUGCAUUUAACAUGUCAAUGCUCAUAUAAGAAGUCAGUAUUGGGUGCAAUUUAUUUAACUUUUUGUUCAAUUUGGCUUAUUAAUAUUAAGGUCAUCUUGCACAUUUUUGAUUUGAUCGUCAUUAGAUGAUUAGGAGCAGCUUGAGAGGAUUGACAGUUAAUGCAGGACAAUGAAACUUAUGUAACUCCAUUUGUGGAGAAUUUGUUGAUAUUUGAAUCUAUAAAAGUCUUCAAAGCACAAUAAGCAAAUUGAAAUUUUUGAAAAACGUUGUUCUAACAUGUAUUUAUUUAUUUUUUGAAAUCAUUUAAUAUGUUGCAAAUUUAUCACUUAAUUAAAAUCAAAUUAUAUAGA